UUAUUUUGUUCUUUAGAAUAUCGAGGAUAGUGACUAUGACAGCAGUGGGUUCUACAUGGGAUGGCACUGACUGCUCCUUGACGUCUUAACAUUCGAUGUUCAGAGCUGCUUGGCAGUUGAUAUAUUGCCAAUAUAAGAAUACGUAUUUGAAGCCAUGUCGAAGAAAAACCGCACAAAGGCAGAAAAGGACAUGGAGACUGAAGCUGUCCAAGCAGUGGCAAAUGAGGAAUUGCGGAUGAAAUUGACAAACAUUCAGAUUGAAUAUCAGCAGGAAAAAGGCAAGGUGAGUAAACUGAGAGAGAAGCUCCAGGAAGCAAAACAAGAACGAGAACAGGAACAGCACAAACACACAGCCUACAUAUCUGAACUCAAGGCUAAACUCCAUGAAGAGAAAAUGAAGGAACUCCAGGCUCUCCGAGAGGUACUCAUUCGGCAACACGAACAAGAAGUGGCUCGUAUGGUGAAAAUAAAAGACAGUGAGAUCCAGCGAUUGCAGUCCACAGUGAAUGUCCUGCGGGACGGGGCGGCUGACAAAGUGAAAACUGCCUUGCUCAAUGAGGCCAGGGAAGAAGCCCGGAAAUCAUUUGAUGGUGAGCGCAUAAAGAUGCAACAGGAGAUACUAGAACUGAAGUCAGGGAAAAAACAGGUGGAAGAAGCCUUGAGUAACAUCAUGCAGGCAGAUAAGAUGAAGGCAGCUGACCUGCGCACAGCCUACCAGUCCCAUCAAGACGAAAUUAAUAGGAUAAAGCGUGAAUGCGAGAGGGACAUCCGUAGGCUGAUGGAUGAGAUACGAGGCAAAGAGAGAGUGAUUUUGGCUUUGGAGAAAGAUCUUGGUGUCCAGGCAGGCCAUACACAAAAGUUGCUGCUCCAGAAAGAAGCCCUGGAUGAACAACUUGUUCAAGUCAAAGAGGCAGAGCGGUUCCAUUCCAGCCCAAAGAAAGAGAUUCCUCCCUCUGUGGGAGAUAUGAUGGAACUUGUAGGAAACCAGGAGCAACAUAUGGAUGAACGAGAUGUGCGGAGAUUUCAGCUAAAAAUAGCAGAACUCAGCGCUGUAAUUCGGAAACUGGAAGAUAGAAAUACACUUUUAGCAGAUGAAAGGAAUGAACUACUGAAGCGGUCUCGGGAGACGGAAGUGCAGGUGAAGCCACUUGUAGAAAAAAACAGAAGGCUGAACAAAAAGAACGAGAGCUUGCUGCAGAGUAUACAAAGAAUGGAAGAAAAACUUAAGCGUCUUUCUAGGGAAAAUGUCGAAAUGAGAGAAAAGCUAUCUGCUCAGCCAACAAUGAAGAGGCACACAUCAUUGAAUGACCUCAGUAGCACACAUGAAGAACCAGAAGUUGAAUUUCUUAAAUUGCAAAUUAUAGAACAACGGCAUCUUAUUGAUGAUCUGACAAUGGAGCGGGAUCGAUGGUUACGCUCCAGGAAACAGAAGACGCAGAAUUUGAAACCCACAAAGAGGCAUGUUGUGGAGACAUUUUUUGGAUUUGACGAAGAAUCAGUGGAUUCAGAAACAUCAUCAGUAACUUCCUAUAAUACAGAUAAAACGGACAGGACUCCAGCUACACCAGAAGAAGACUUGGAAGAUAGCACUCCUAAAGAAGAAGCUGACUUGCGGUUCUGUCAGCUAACCAGAGAAUAUCAAGCUUUGCAAAGAGCAUAUGCAUUGCUCCAGGAACAGGUUGGGGGAACCCAGGAUGCAGAAAGAGAAGCAAGGACACGGGAACAACUACAAGCUGAUCUUCUCCGGUGCCAAGCAAAAAUUGAAGACUUGGAGAAAGCUCUGGUUGAGAGAGGACAGGACUCUAAAUGGAUAGAAGAAAAACAGGGGCUUAUCAGGACAAACCAAGAACUGCUAGAAAAGAUCUACAAGAUAGAACAAGAAGAAGAUCUGCUGAAGAAUGAGAUGCAGGAUGCCAAAGACCAGAAUGAGCUGCUGGAGUUCCGAAUCCUUGAGCUGGAAGAGAGAGAACGAAGGUCGCCAGCUUUUAACCUCCAUAUAACUGCAUUCCCUGAAAACAAUGGAAGUGCACUUCAACUGUUUUGUCAUCACGAGGGAAUAAAGGAUGUGAAUAUUUCUGAACUUAUGAAGAAGCUAGAUAUCCUUGGUGAUAAUGGGAAUUUGAGGAAUGAAGAACAGGUUGCAAUAAUUCAGGCGGGGACUGUACUUUCUCUCUGUGAAAAGUGGCUAAAGCAAAUAGAGGAAACUGAAGCUGCCCUCACGCAGAAGAUGAUUGACCUGGAAAAUGAAAAGGACCUGUUCAGUAAACAGAAGGGUUAUUUAGAGGAAGAACUUGACUACAGGAAACAAGCUCUGGACCAGGCUUAUAUGAAAAUCCAGGAGCUGGAAGCCACCCUCUACAAUGCUCUGCAGCAGGAGACAGGGAAGAGGGUGAGCGAAUCCCUGAAUGAGGCCCAGAGGGAGGACUUGUGCGCUGCCGUGGAAAAGGUGCGGAGACAGAUACUGAGGCAAAGCCGUGAAUUUGACUGCCAGAUUCUACAUGAGCGCAUGGAGUUGCUGCAGCAAGCACAGCAGAGAAUUCGAGAGCUAGAAGAGAAAAUUGAACUUCAGAAGCGGCAGCUCAAAGAAAUUGAGGAAAAGUUUUUGUUUCUUUUUCUGUUUUUCUCAUUAGCAUUCAUCCUGUGGUCUUGAUGAAUCUACAGCGAGAGGAUAUAUGGGUGUGAAAAGGGCCUUUGGAUUGAACCAAUGAAUUUGUGUGCAAAUUUCAAAACUGUACAAGCAGUUCGAAGUCAAAGUCUCUUUAUUUUUCCUUGAUGCAGUUUGCAACUGUUUGUAUUUAUAUGUUAAGCUGUGGGCUAUUUGGGUUCCUCUAGGUAUUUUAUAAAAUUAUAGCUAUAAACUGGAAUUAUUUGAUAAGUUGAUAUAAGCCAGCACACACUAAGAAACUUAGUGCACUUUUGAGACAAGUAAAUUAUUUAUUAUUAUUUAUUAUAUUUAUAUACAAAACAAUGAAUAAAAAUGCAGGGGCCAUUAUUGACAGCA